AGUUUGCCGAGAGAGAGGGAGAGAGAAGCUGCAUCAGAGGAACAUCUGCUUUUCAGCGGGGCCUCCCCCCCCGACCCCGGGCCGCGGAGGCAGAUGGACGACCUGGACAACGACCUGCGCCUGGCGGACGCCCUGACCGAGCCGGUCCCCGACGUGGAGGAGGUGGUGAAGCGGGACUUCAUCGCCACCCUGGAGGCGGAGGCCUUCGACGACGUGGUCGGGGAGACGGUGGGCAAGACGGACUACAUCCCCCUCCUGGACCCCGACGACGGGGCCGGGGACGGGGCCGCGGGCAAGCCCGGCGGCCCGGAGCCCAGGGGCAAAACCCGCCCGGACGGGGCGCCGGCAGAACAUGCUUCAUCCGCCAAACGGGCGGUGCUGGCCAACGGCGACCACGAAGUGCAGGACAGUGAUGCCAGAGCCUUUCCCGCCGACUUUCCGGACGAGGUGGCAUCUCGCGGGGACUUUCUGGACAACAGGCAGAGCUGGCCCGAAGACGACAGAGACUUCUGCUUCCAGCCCCAGCUGGUGACGAACCCCCCGGAUAUGGACUCCUUGAAGAUGCUCCAAGACAACGCCCUGCCUGAUCCGCUGUUCCCGUGGCCUGGGGCCGCCCACAGCCUUAUCUUCACCGAACACUCGGACGACCUGCCCGAUUUUCGGGGUUCAGACGUGCACCCGUCCGCCUCGUUCGCCGCGGAUCCGAGACCGGCGCAUGAAUUCCCUACCGCGGAACUAUCACCCUUCGACUUCCUGGAAUCUCCCGCUCGCCCUCCGCAGCUCCCGGCAGCCGCGGCCAAGGAGGCUGCCGGGAAAGCGGCCGAAGAGGCGGAGUGGCCAACAAGCGAGGCCCGGUCGCCAGCCAAGGACGUCGCCGUAGCCCCAGCCGAGGAGGCCGCGACCCGACCGGCCCGCGGCACGGAAUCGACGCCGAGAGAGGAGACCCCCCUCGCCGGGGAAGUAGAGGAGACCCUCACUCCCGAGGAGGAAGAGUCGUUUCUUCUGGAGCUGGGCCCGACGCCAUCCACGGGGGCGCCCGCUGCCCGGGAAGUAGAGUGGACGCCCACCCCUGAGAAGGAAUUAGUCCCGGGCAAGGAGCUGGUGAUGACCCCGACUGAGGAGACCCCUCCGGUCAAGCAGGAGAAGGGGGCGUCCACCCCCGAGGAGGAGGAGGAGCUGCCCAAGGAGACGGAAGUGACGCCCACCCCCGAGAAGGCCGCCGUGCCGGUCGAGGAAGCGGGCGUGAUGCCCACCCCCGAGAAGGAAGCCGUGCCGCCUGAGGAGCGGACCCCAACCAAGGGGACCCCCACGGUUGAGGAAGCGGGCGUGACGCCCACCCCCGAGAAGGAAGCCGUGCCGCCCGAGAAGCGGACCCCAACCAAGGGGACCCCCACGGUCGAGGAAGCGGGCGUGACGCCCACCCCCGAGAAGGAAGCCGUGCCACCCGAGGCGCGGACCCCCACCAAGGAGACCCCCACGGUCAAGCAAGAAGGGGGAGCCAUCACCCCCGAGGAACCGGCCUCUCCGUGGCAGUUGACACCACCCGAGGACGCGGAGGGAAUGCCCGGCCCCGAGAAGGAAGCCGAGCCGGCGAAGGAGCCGGAGCUGGCACCGACCGAGGGGACCCCCUCGCCCCCAUCCAAGCCUCUGGAGUUGGCGCUUCCGGUCAAGGAAGCAAAGGCGCCGCCCACCCCCGAGAAGGAGGCGGCCCCCGCACCCGCCGGAGAGACGGAAGGGUCGCCGGCCAUAGACACCCCUCCGGCCAAGAAGGCGGGCACGCCGGGAGAGGACGUGGGGCCCUCACCAGCUGAGGACGUGGCAUCGGCCCAGGAGGCGGAGCUCGAGGGGCUCCGGCCGGGAUCCCCUCGCACUGCCGAGGUCACGGGCGCCUCUUUGUUCACGGCGACAUCAGGCCUCGAUCCUACGGUGGAAGAGUGGGCGGCAUUUGACCGUCCGAGCCAGAAGUCGCCGGGACCGCCCAGCCAAGCUCCUGCGGAUUCUUUCGAACCGGUGGCAGCCAUGGAACCGAAACGAUGGUCCCCCGAGCCCCCCGUGCCCGCGACAGAUAAGACGCCCGCCGUAGAAAAGCUGGAGGCGACCAAACCAACCGUCAGUCAACCCCCAGCUCUGCCCCCGGAGCCUGCAGCGCCAGCCCCGAAGCCCGCAGCGCAUCCAGGGGAGACCACUCCCGAGGCCGACCACGCCGUGAUGGAGAAGCCCGUGGACGAGGGGACGCCCAGCCGCCCUCCACCCCCACAUCCUCCUCGGGAUCCCACAGCCGAGGCCGAAGGCGCCCAGCCGCCGCCCGUGACCCUGCCCGGAAAUGACAUCACGGCCCCUCCGAACAAGCUGCUCCCCCCGAGCCCCGAGAAGAAAGCGAAGCCUUCAGCCACCGCUCCAUCGGCAAAGACCGCGACACCGAAAGCCAAACCACUCUCCUCCUCCUCCUCCACCACCACCACCACCACCACCCCUAAGCGGCCGGCUUCUGCCACCCCCGGUGGUGCAGGCAAAAAGCCCAUGAGCCCCGCCCCGGGCCCGACACUGGCCGCCACCCCCAAACGCCCGGCCACCACCGCCACGCGACCCUCCGCUCUAGCGCCGAGAGACGCCAAGCCAAAGGCCACCGAUGCCAAGGUUCCCGAGAAACGCACGUCGCUUUCCAAACCGGCCUCCGCCCCGGCCCCCAGGCCCGGCUCCAAGAGCGGCCCGACCACGCCGCGGGCCACGGCGGCCUCUUCGCCUGCUGCCGGGGGGCUGGCCGCCAGGAGCACCUCGGCCUCCCCGCCCAAGAGGCCCACCUCCAUUAAGACUGACGCCAAGCCCGCAGAGGCCAGGAAGACGACCACAAAGCUCUCUUCAGACGUGAGCCGCCCCAAGAGCGCUCCCACGGGCUCGCUCAAGAGCAGCGUGCCCAGCUCCUCCGCCGGGGCCGUCCCCCCUCCGCCGGGGACGACCACCACCGGCCGCCCGAAGCCCAAGCCCGCCGCCGCCCGGCCCCCCGCCGCGGACGGGAAGAAGCCGGCCGGGCCCAAGGCCGCCCCGGCCAAGCCGAGCGCCGCGGCCCCCAGGCCGAGCCGCCCGCCCACCAGCCUGUCCGCCCCCGACCUGAAGAACGUCCGCUCCAAGAUCGGCUCCACGGACAACAUCAAGCACCAGCCGGGCGGAGGGCGGGCCAAAGUAGAGAAAAAAACGGAGGCAGCCGGUCCGGCGCGAAAGCCUGAGCCCAGCUCCGCCACUAAAACCGCCUCCGCUCCCAAAGAGAGUGCGCAGAAACAGCCCAAUGGCAAAGUCCAGAUAGUCUUCAAAAAAGCCAACUACAGCCACGUUCAAUCCAAGUGUGGCUCCAAGGACAAUAUUAAGCAUGUCCCUGGAGGGGGGAAUGUUCCAAUCGCCCCCAAGCCGGCUUCGGGCAGCCGUGCCGCCCCGGCCCACAAACCGAACCCCAGCAGAGCCAGUGUGCAGAUUCAGAACAAGAAAGUGGACCUGUCCAAAGUGUCCUCCAGGUGUGGCUCCAAGGCCAACAUCAAGCACAAACCCGGAGGAGGAGAUGUCAAGAUUGAGAACCAGAAGCUGAACUUCAAAGAGAAGGCCCAAGCCAAGGUGGGGUCCCUGGACAACGUGGGCCACCUGCCCGCGGGGGGCACCGUGAAGAUUGAGUCCCACAGGCUGACGUUCCGUGAAAACGCCAAGGCCCGCACUGACCACGGAGCGGACGUCGCGUCCAAGCCCUCCAGCCUCCCCGCCGGCAGCCGGCCCCUCGGCCCCCCCGCCCCGUCCCCCCCGCUCCCCGGACACCGGCCGGCCGCCCGGCCUGCCCGGCAGCGCUCGUGACUCCGCCGCUCCCCACCUCCUCGCCGGCCGGGGCCGGAGGUGGGGCGGCGGUCCUCCCGGACAAGAGGCGGCCCCCCCAGCCCCCCAUGUCCGAGGGCGGCGGUCGCACGCGCCCCCCCCCCCCA